CGGAAGAGUGAAAAGACGGCUGGGCUGAGCGAGAUUUUCUGAAGCAAUUUUCUUCGCCCGGCGACGAAGAUGACUGAGAUAACUUCGGCAAUGGACAUUGACGUAGACGAAAAUCAGCCUCGCAAGCCGAUUAACAUGGGCAAAGACAUCGCCGGUUUGGGCGGUCCGCCGCCGAUUAAGGCGACGCCUUGGGUUGAGAAGUACCGACCUCAGUCGCUGGAUGACGUCGCUGCACAUCGUGACAUUAUAGAUACGAUUGAUAGGCUGACCAAUGAGAACAAAUUGCCCCAUCUUCUGCUGUAUGGUCCUCCCGGUACUGGCAAAACAUCCACCAUUCUAGCCGUCGCCCGGAAACUAUAUGGUCCCAAGUACCGUAGUAUGAUUCUUGAACUGAAUGCAUCGGAUGACAGAGGAAUUGAUGUUGUAAGGCAGCAGAUUCAAGAUUUCGCUAGCACUCAGAGCUUCUCUUUAGGAAAAUCUUCGGUGAAGUUGGUUCUGCUAGAUGAAGCAGAUGCCAUGACAAAAGAUGCUCAGUUUGCUUUGCGUAGAGUGAUUGAGAAAUACACAAAGAGUACUAGGUUUGCGCUCAUUGGAAACCAUGUCAAUAAGAUCAUUCCAGCUUUGCAGUCAAGAUGUACUCGGUUUAGAUUUGCCCCUCUUGAUCCUGUUCAUGUGAGUCAACGUCUUAAACAUGUAAUAGACGCUGAAGGGCUUAAUGUUAGCGAGAAUGGUUUGGCAGCUCUUGUACGGCUGAGCAAUGGGGACAUGAGAAAAGCACUGAAUAUUUUGCAGUCAACUCAUAUGGCGUCAAAGCAACUUACAGAGGAAGAGAAAAAAGAAUCGACCAUUUUGCAGUCAACUCAUUCGAUGUCAGAGGAAAUUACAGCAGAAGCGGUUUACCUCUGCACUGGAAACCCAUUGCCCAAAGACAUUGAGCAUAUAUGUGACUGGCUUCUGAAUAAAUCGUUUGCUGAGAGCUACAAAAAAAUAUCAGAAAUAAAGACGAGAAAAGGACUUGCCAUUGUUGAUAUUGUCAGAGAGGUUACCAUGUUUGUUUUUAAGAUCAAGAUGCCUUCAGACGUCAGAGUUCAACUGAUAAACGAUCUGGCAGACAUUGAGUACAGGUUGAGUUUUGGGUGCAACGACAAACUGCAGCUUGGAGCUAUCAUUUCUACUUUCACACAUGCCCGGUCUGUCUUGGUUGGUGCAGCAAAAUAAACCAUGUUUUUUUCACCGUUUUGGAAUCUGCAGUAGCUUAUAUGCACUGCCUUAAGUAACUGCUAGGAAAUUUCAUCUCAGUGAUGUUUUCCUGAUAGUCUUUGUACAUUUUAAGGCUUUUGCCUUUCAAUCACCAACAAAGAUUUUUAGACCCACCUUGUUA